GUUGCGUUAUCUAUUUUUUUUCUCUGUAAUUUUUUUGGUCAAUUUGAGAGGUAACCAUCUUCUCAUUUAUUUUGACAUUUCUGCCUCAAGAGUUGAAAACCCAACACAUAUAUAUCAAGCUCAAUAGCUCACUGAAAAUCCUAUUUUCUUUGUUAUACUAUCACGAUCAUUAAAAUAAACAAAAAUGGGAGUCAUUUCUCCUCAUAGAAUACAACUAUCAUUAUUUCCCAUUGUCGUGUUGCUUUUUCUUGCAUGGCCAGCUUCAGCUGCAAAUUCAGCUCACAACACUUUUGUUCAUUGCCUCGUGAGCCAUUCAGAGUCCUCUCACCCUAUAACUUCAGCAAUUUUCACACCAAGCAACACCUCAUUCUCUUCAGUCUUGCAAGCCUACAUUAGAAACCUUCGUUUCAACACCUCCACAACCCGGAAACCAUUCCUCAUAGUCACUGCAUUUCAUGUUUCCCAUGUGCAAGCAGCCAUUGUUUGUGGUAAAAAGCACAACUUGAUGAUGAAAAUCCGUAGUGGAGGCCAUGACUACGAAGGGGUGUCAUAUGUGGCUUCACAGCCAUUCUUCCUCCUUGACAUGUUCAAUCUCCGAUCCAUUAAGGUUGACAUGGACACUGAGACCGCUUGGGUACAAACUGGUGCCACGCUUGGUGAAGUUUACUACAGAAUUGCUGAGAAGAGUAAAACUCAUGGUUUCCCAGCAGGGGUUUGUCCCACUGUUGGGGUAGGAGGCCACAUAAGUGGUGGUGGCUAUGGCAAUAUGAUGAGAAAGUAUGGUCUCUCAGUGGAUAAUGUUAUCGAUGCACAAAUAGUUGAUGUUCAAGGUAGAUUGCUUGAUAGAAAAUCAAUGGGUGAAGAUCUCUUUUGGGCCAUUAGAGGUGGUGCUGGAGCUAGCUUUGGUGUGGUCCUUGCCUACAAAUUAAAGCUAGUUCGAGUUCCUGAAACAGUCACUGUUUUCCAAGUUCAAAGGACUCUUGAGCAAAAUGCCACCGAUAUAGUUUAUAAUUGGCAGCAUGUUGCACCAGCCAUCAACAACGACCUUUUUAUUAGACUUAUCAUGGACGUGGUAAACGGUACACAAAAUGGAACAAAGACUGUAAGAGCUACCUUCAUAGCUCUCUUCCUUGGUGACUCCAAAACCCUUGUUUCUCUCUUGAAUGAGAAGUUCCCUCAAUUGGGUUUGAUGCAAUCUGACUGCAUCGAAACGAGUUGGCUUCGUUCGGUGCUGUUUUGGACAAACAUCAACAUUACAGAACCUGUUGAGAUUUUGCUUGAUAGAAAACCACAAUCACUGAACUACUUGAAAAGGAAAUCUGACUAUGUAAAGAAGCCAAUUUCCAAAGAGGGUUUGGAAGGGAUUUGGAAGAAGAUGAUUGAGUUGGUGGAUACAAUACUGUAUUUCAAUCCCUAUGGUGGAAGAAUGGCUGAGAUUCCAUCAACAGCAAUUGCUUUCCCUCAUCGAGCUGGGAACCUAUGGAAGGUCCAGUAUCAAGCAAAUUGGAAGCUGAAAGAGGUAGCAGAUCACUACAUAAACUUGACAAGAAUACUUCACAAGCACAUGACUCCUUUUGUCUCCAAGAACCCCAGAGUGGCUUUCUUCAAUUAUAAGGACCUUGACUUGGGAAUUAAUUACCACAAUGGUAAGAACAGCUACGCUGAAGGGAGAGUUUAUGGAGUGGAGUAUUUCAAGGAUAACUUCUACAGGUUGGCUCAAAUAAAGUCCAAGGUUGAUCCUGAUAAUUUCUUUAGGAACGAACAAAGCAUCCCGAAGCUGCCAUAUGGAAGAGUUAGAAUAAUGGUGACUCAGAUUAUUAAUUUAAUUUCUGUAUUUUGUUGGAUACAUUGUCGGUAAUAAAUUUGAUUGUGGAGAAAUAAAUAACAUGGUAUUUAUAACCA